GAGUUCAUUUUAACCAUCACCGCUGUAGUCGUUGGUUUCAUCUCUUCACAAGGUUUCUAUUGACAGAAUAAUUCAAGUUUCACAGUUUCGAAAGGUAAGGCGUGUUGUGAAAUUUAUUGCAAUUUUUUAUCCAUGCCAAUUUUAAGCUGUAUAUGGUAGCGACAAACACAGGCAGCAAGUCUGUCAAUAUUUAACAAUAAGGCAUUACGGUUUGUCUUCUCUUUAUUACAAAAGAACAAAAUGAGCCGAAAUACAGAUUAUAGCCUCGUUCACCAUUACUAUGUUGCAGGAUUUUGCGUUUACUCAGAUCUGAUCGACUAAAAUAAGACGAGAGGAGAACUAACAAUUUCAACCAUAACACGUCAGAAAUCCUCUUACGUUCGCAAGGCUAAUAAUUACUCUUCCGAACUUUAAAUUGCCGCAGCUCGUCAUGAUGAUUUUCUUUCCAAUUAGUACAACUCAUUGAAAACAUGAAUUACAAAGGAUUUAUCAAACUGGGACGUAACAAACUAGGAGUUUUUCACAGUGAGAGUUUUAGAAGCGGAUAUAAUGUAAUACUGAGAUAAUUGCAAACCGAAAAUAGAGCUUCAAUGGAAUCCUUUACAUUUCUCUGCUCAGGAAAAAAAAGGCCCAGAAGCCAUUGACGUUUCCUCGAUACAUCAAACGAGUUGGGUAAGGGCAUGUCAUUGAAAAAUCACAUUUCGAAUAGAACAAUACGAUUAUUUAUUUAGCUAAAAGCAUACAUACCUUAUUAUUUUUCAAGCCUCUUGUCAUGCCUGAGUCAGCCGACGUUGCGGUGACAACCAUGUUAGCCCUACUAAUAAUAGCGGACAUCAGUGGAAACUGUCUGGUUUGUUUGGUUAUAAAGAAAAACAAAGAUAUGAGGUGAGUUGACUCUGAAGUCUGACUAUGACAAGAUAAAACAGCCAAUUUUGUUGUCAAACGCAGGCUAUGCACGCAACAAAAGAUAAAAGAAAUUUUGUAUUCUUAUUGGCUACAGAUUAAAUAAUAAUACGAGAAAUCAAGCGAAGAAUCUUGUAGGGCAAUAUUUCUCGCUUUAAUCCCACAAGUAAAAAAUGCUUGAAUCGGUUAUGAAAUUUCAGAGGUUCAUGGCAAGUUUUUCUGUGAUCAAACUAUGUAAAUGUAAAGAAAACAAAGAUCGUCAUAUUUCGUGCUUUGUUCCUCCGCCACAUCGCAGAUCAGCGAUUUAUCGCACAUUUUAGAGACAUGUCAAAAACGACAAUUCGACGUGGUAUCGAAGUUUUCGUGCAUUGUCUUGCCGAUAUAACUUUCCUGCGAAAUGUCACGAUAGUCAUUUCUCGUUGAUCGAAAGCUGUGUCCUCAUCACCAUAUAUCGUUCCGGCGGAAAAUUACCAACGGGAUCUCCCGCAGCGAGAGGUAGACAUCCUCAAUUGUAUCUCUGGAAAGUAUGACCACAAGAUACUUUUGACUGCAUAAUCACCUCAGGUUGAGUUUUAUAAAAUGCUACCCCUGCGGCUUAUUCCAUGCAUUGGGAAUUCUGUACACGUAAAUUAAAGUUACUUACGGAGGAAAGCUCAUCAAAAUCACAAAGAAGUUGAGAAAGAAACUCUAACAAUGUGAAGACAUGCAUGUCCAAUAUUAAAAGAAGUUGACAAAAACCAUCUUUUAAUUGCAGUGUCUGUCCUACCAGGACUGAUUUAGUGGCACAAAGAAAACACCGUGACUAGGCGGCUUCUUUGAUUAACUAAUAUCGUUUGCUGUGCGUCUAGGCGAGACUGAUGUACUUCCUCCCGGUUUUUUAAGCGCUCACUUCGCUUUUCUUCAUUUUUUCAAGAAAUAGUCACAAAAAUAUUAUGAGUUCUAUGCGCAGUUUGGGUCGUUUAAUAACUGUUCAUGUUAUAAACAUGAAAAAACACUGCGGGUUUUGAGAGAGAUGAACCCAAGUCUAUUUUUAUUGACUUUUUCGUAUUCAAUAAGGUGGAAUAUUUAAAAGUGACGUUGUUCUGUAGCACUUUAUAAUGAAAUGGUCGCAUUUUGUAAUAAAAAAGCUGUCGCACUUCGUAAUAAAAAAGCUGUCGCACUUCGUAAUAAAAAAGCUGUGGCACUUUGUAAUAAAAAAGCUGUCGUACUUUGUAUUAAAAUGAGAUGUCGCACCUUUUAACACUUCGUGCUUCUUAAAAAUAAACUUGAUGUAGAUGUUCAGAGGACAGGUAGAUCCAUUGACAGCUGUUAAUUCUGUAUAUGAUAAUAAUUAUAAUAAUAUUGAUAAUAAUAACAAUAGUGAUGUUGAUAACGAUGAGAAUGAAAAUGAUGAUAAUGUGAAAACACCAGCGGCUAUGUUUCGGCUUCAAGAUGUUCCUGGGUAAGUGCAGUUAUACACAGUAUCUAUACGGACGAUCUCCAGACCUCAAGAUAGUUGUUACGGGUAAAUAUACUGAUUUUUCCGUGUGUUUGUUUGGAACACAUUUAUUCGUAAACUUCUCACAUUUAACCAUUUCCAAUUUAUUCGAGCUCAUUCAAGUUCUUUUAUUUUAGUAAAUAAAAGAAAAAAAUAUAUUUAAAAAAAAAACCACAGUAGCCGUUGGAAUAGAUUUUGCUUGUUACCCGCUUUCACUAUGCACCUGCAUGUCGUUACUUUUGUUCAUCAUUACUAGUGAAAUUUUAGGUAAAUAUAAGUGUUAAUGAUACACGACGGCGUGCCGAUUACACAGACGACCGCGUGGCGAUUACUAGCUUAGCUUUUACUCUGGCACGACAUAUGUUAGAGUGCUCUACGAAUAAAGUCUGCAGUGGAACCAAAACGCUGUCUUAUCCUUGACCUCCGUAUAAGCUCGCUUGAAGUAGAUCUCCGUGUGCUAGGAUAUCGUGACGAGUUUCCGUUCUCGUAAGCCGAGUGGUCUCUAUGAGUUAAUUUCCCCCGUUUUGUACGUUUCCCGCGAAGUCCAGUUAAGUGCGCGAAAACCUAUCGUCACAUAGUGUCCAUCAUGAAAGCGAAAGUCUUUGUCCUUAAGACGAGAGUUGACAGCUUGACUCCAACUCAAAACAAUAAGAUAAUUUCAAUAGCACGAGAAAUGAAGAACUCCAGUUUCGUGACAUGACUGAACACGUUACGACCUAAAGACACCUCAUUAGCACAUAGAACCUGAUAACAUAAUACAAUGGCUAUUAUUAUGGACUUUCGCUCCACCAUCUUGAGGUCACGAGGUCGUCCGCAUAAAUGGAGCUGAUACUGCACUUCCCAAGGAAGAUCUUGAAGCUGGAACACCGCAGCUGGUGUCUUCGUUAAGGAACAAAUUAUCAUUACUGUCAUGAUUACAAUUAUUACCAUUAUUAUCAGUAUUUUCAUUCUCUUUCCUUCAACACAAAGUGCAAUGGUUCGAAAUGGUCUCUUCUUACUAAGUGAGACAAUUUCAAGUCAUAGUGUGACGUGACAAUUGUUUCACAAAGUGCGACAGAACAGACGUCAAGUUAUUGUCUACGUAUUUGAUUCACACGCACAGAGGCAGGCGACUGGUUGUUUUAGAAUACACUAAAACAGUGAGAUAUUAUUGCACAAAAAGACAAUUUUAACUCAUUUAUUACUGCAACGAUUCCCAAAUUAUUUUGUGGGAAAAUCCCGCGCGAGUUGAACGGAGGCGAAUGGCAAAGAUAUUGUGAGUUUCAGUAGCCAAUCAGAGCGCGCCUACGACGCUAUCCUCUGUUUUAGCAUAUACUAACUAACAACUAUUCCUCAAAGUUGAGGUAGCUUGUGAUGGAUAUUUAUCGAACUGAGAAGUGGCGAGGUAAACAUGCUACUAGCACGGGAAGAUGAUUUCAGUAACUCAUUUAUUCCUGCAACGAUUACAAUAUUUUCGGGCGCGAAUCCCUCGUGCGUUGCUUGGAGGUGAAUUGCUAACAGUCAGUCAUGACAUUUACUGAAAUAAGUUUGAUCUUAAAUUCAUAGGACUCCCUUCAAUUACCUACUUGUGAACUUAGCUGUAUCAGAUAUUAUGUUUGCCACCUUCAUAGCACCAAAUCAUGUCUUUGAGGACAGCUUCACUCAUCCAAAAGGAACUACGGGCUUGGUUGUGUGCCUGGUAAUAACAGCUGGAAACGUGGCUUGGAUCGGUGCAGCUUCAUCGUCCGUGACUCUUACUGCCAUCGCAGUUGAACGCUACUGUACUGUUACUAGUCCUGAUGGUAGUAAUGGAAAACUCACCAAAAAAAAGCUUAAGGUGAGGAAAUUAUGAUGUUUACUUUGUAACUUUCAACUGCCGUUAAGGAUCAGCAGAAAAUCAUUAGAUACGGGAGCUUAUCAGAAAAUUUUUGUAGAAAAACCGAGGUCAAGAAAAUCUUCCAUACUCUCUGCCCCCAAACAAUGACAAGCUUAUCUCUUUUUGUUUGCGGGGUAAUUUAGUUAGGAUGAAGGGGCUGGGGGGUGUUACUGCUAAUUAUAUCAUUCUCACAGUAUUUCUAUCGAUUAUAAUAUAAGCGUUUUUGUUUUAGGCGAUUAUUUCUGGAUGUUGGAUCUUCUCAGUGGCGCUAAACAUGCCACUCUUUCUAGCAACAAGAUUUGAUUCAUCAAUCAGUGACUGCAAGUGGAUUUGGCCUGAAAAGUGGAUCGGUGCAGCAUACGACUCCGUAUGGCUUGUACUAUUGGCUAUAAUUCCUCUGACAGUGAUGACUGGUUUAUAUUCAAAGGUCGUUUACAGGUUGUGGUUCAAACGUAAUGAGGAAAAUGAAGUCGCUCAUCAACAGAAGGUAGGAUUCGAUGGGAUGUUCUGUGACUUGUAAUGUGACAAGCUAAAGUGCAGGGGAAAUGCAUUUCCACGGGUUCUUUCCUAAGGUAGACGACGACACCAUUGAUACAUUUUGCUUUUUAUCACGAAAUAAAUUUUUUAUCAUGAAAGUGAUAUCCUUACAGUAUCAAUACAAUAUCAAGCAGGCAAGUGAUGAGAAUAAAGAAAAAUAUUAUCUUAGGGAUAAGGAGUUGAUUCAAUACCAAACUCUCCAAACUAACAUCACAAAUACUAUAUGGCAGACAGUACGGAGAAUUAUUAAUGAGAUCUUGGGAGUUUAAGGGUUAAUGGAUUUCUGAUCCUCGAGAUAAGUACAAGCGCUGGCUAGUUUUUUUUCCAAGUUUGGUUGGUGAUCUGGGUAGAUUUACACAUUCAUACUUCACUCGCAAAUUUUUUCUUCCUUUUUCUUUUUUUCCAGGGAGUCCUGAAGGUCAGGAAGCGAGUAACGUUAAGUGUAAUCACUGUCAGUGCCAUAUUUGGAGCUUGUUGGAUCACAGGAUUGCUGAUUUACAUCCUUAGCUACCUUGACAUCCUCUUGUUUGGCUCAAUCUCAUACGUUCUUUCUGACACUUUGUUUAUGUUCAACUCUGCCAUCAACCCUUUUGUUUAUGCUCUGCUGAAUGAGCGUUUCAGGCAGAAGAUCAAAAUGUUAUGCCGUACUCGCCGAAUUUCUAGGGUACAUACCUCAAGCAAGCAUGGAAUAGGGCUUCAAAACAACACCUCUCCCGUAACUGACACUGUAAAUGUUCAAUGAAAUAAUGCCACAGGUCCGAUGGAUAACAACAGACGAUUGGCACGAGAAAAAGUUCCCCAGAUGCAUCUGCAAGGAGAGUUGGAGCAUGGUCGUCGAGACUAACUAAGAGUUUCAAGGCAAAAGUAGCUGCGGGCAAUAACGCCUGCGUAAAAUACUGCAAAUGUCACAUUGAGACACUGUGACAAUUAAGCUUGUGUUCGACACAAACUGACUGUCAGCGCCGCACCUAUGAAAAAAUUUUUAGCGUUAACGUAAACGGCCAUGCAUCAAACUACCCACAGCCACUGUACAAUUAACUUUGAAUCGUUAGUUUUUGUACGUGAUCUAUGCGUUGAAUGAACGAUAGCAAACUUUUUCUUCGCCUGAACUAAUAGAGACUAAUGGAAGUCAAAGCUUGAAUUUAUUCACCCCAACAAGUUCAAAUAUUUUAAAUGAACGGACUGUGAACGGUUUACCUGAGAAGGCUAAGAAUUAGGAACUCUGAACUAAGAAUACUUUCCACGUACGAUUCAAUGCGACGUAUUCGCGGCUUAGAUUUCCCUAAUGAUAAAAUUAAUCAGUUGUGUAUGCUUUUGAUUCUACGAUUCCACGAUAGUCAUCCAAUCUUUUGUACUUCUACUUAGCUGGUUCACAGAAGCGAAGAAAACGCAAACGGAGUAAUAAAAGGUACCACUCAGCGAGAGAUGCACACACUUAAGAUUAUCGAGUGACCCUGUAAGGUUGAUAACUGGGUAACUCUGUAAGGUGGACCACUGAGUGACCUUGUAAGAUGGAUCACCAGUUGACCUUGUAAGGUGGAUUACUGAGUGACCAUGUAAGGUGGAUCACUGGGUAACUCUGUAAGGUGGAUCACUGA